AUGGAACCGGAGCCGACCCUUGCCGCUCUCCUCGAGGCUAUCCAUUCCCUCACCAACCAAGUCGGGUCCUUGCAGGCCCAAGUCUCAUCCCAAGGCCAGCAGCUCGCGGAACUCAAAGCCUUAUGCAAGGAAACCAAUGACCUUGUUGGCGAUAAGGACCAAGGAGGAGCCCAAGCCAAGCCUGGCCCAUUGACUGGGCCUGCACCCUUCCGCCCAUCAAGGGGCACCGGGUUUGACUCAGAGGAAGAAGAAGAACCCCGGCGGGCUCCCAAAAAAGAGCCUUGCAACACGACUAGGAGUCUCAGCUCCCUCACACCAUUUGACACAGGGUCCUCCGUAAAAAGGCCAAAAAUGGAGCUGCCAGACCCUUAUAAGGGCGAUACAAGGGGACGAAAGGCCACUCAAUGGCUUGAUAGGAUGCUACUCUGGGUUGCCCUACACAGGGACCAGUUUGACGAAGAGGAGCAGAUGGUCGUCUGGAUAUUAUACCACAUGACCAACAAGGCCGCCGACUGGGCACUCCCUAUAAUAGGGACAAUCAUCAAGGGAGAAGGCAACCCUCCUAACACCAUCCCAGCCUUAACGGCGAAAUUCAAGGAGGCUUUUGAUGACCCAGAUGCCAAACGGGCCGCGGCCAGGAAAAUAGCCGCCCUCUCCCAGACCACAACCACCUCCGAAUACGUCACGGAGUUCCGUAAUUUAAUGGCGGAAUUAGACUGGAACGAGGAGGCCUACAUCGCGCAGUUCACGCGAGGUCUCCAUUGGAAGGUCAAGGAACUACUGUCAACCAAGGAUAGCGUUCCUGACGAACUCGAGGCAAUUUUUGCGGCCUCUAUUAAAAUUGAUAACAUUCGCCGCGAGAAUGAGGAAAACCGCCCCAAGAAGGCACCCGCUAAGUCCCCGGUCGCCGCGACCACUUCCACCACUACCACCACUAGGGUCCGCCUAUCCAAAGACCCCAACUACGUAACCCCGGAGGAAAGGGAUCGUCGUCGCGCAUCCGGCCUAUGCGUCAAAUGUGGUCAGAAGGGGCACGGAAUCAAACAAUGCCCGAACGGUUGGAAAGCCACAAUCAAGGAGGUAGCCAAGUUGGUCUUGAUUCGAAUAAAAAAACCCCUACUCUUUAUCAAUCUACACGUCCAGAACUCCCCGGCAGAUCCUAUUAAAACCCUUAUAGACUCAGGAGCCACGUCGAAUUUCAUCUCCCCCUCGAUUGUGGAAAAACAUAAAAUCCCAAAAACCCAACUCGAAAAUCCACGAGUUGUGAGAAUGUUAGAUGGUACCCUAUCCCAGACUGGUCGCAUAUGGCACCAGGUUCAACUCGCGGUUUCGGCCAAUGGCCACUCACACACAAUUCCCUUCCUAGUCUGUCCCAUUGGGGACACCCCGGCAAUUUUAGGCAUGACAUGGUUGACGGCAGAAGCUCCCCUCAUCGACUGGCAACAGGGAUUAGUUACUUUCCCUGAACAAGUGCAAAUUGCCUCAGAAGAAGAGGCGGACUCGGACCCUUUAGCAGAUCUCCCCCCUCAGUACCAUGAGUUUGCUAAGGUCUUUGGCGAAGAAGAAUUCAAGGUACUCCCUCCACAUAGGGAGUACGACAUCGCCAUAGACCUUGUCCCAGAUGCAAAACUGUCCCCUGGGCCUAUUUAUGGCAUGACUGACGCAGAAUCGAAGGCCCUGAAACAACAUAUAGAGGAAGAACUAGCCACAGGGAAGAUCCAACCCAGUACUUCCUCCGCAGGAGCCCCGGUUAUGUUUGUCAAAAAAGCGGAUGGCUCUCUCAGAUUGGUAGUUGACUAUAGAAAGCUAAAUGACGUCACGCAUAAAAAUGUCUAUCCGCUCCCCAGACAAGACAACCUCAUGGCCAAGUUAAGGCAUGCCAAGAUGUUCACCAAGCUGGAUCUACGCUGGGGUUACAAUAACGUCCGGAUCAAGGAGGGUGACGAAUGGAAAACAGCCUUCCGCACCAAAUAUGGAUUGUUUGAGUACUUGGUCAUGCCCUUUGGUCUUACAAACGCACCUGCGGCAUUCCAGCACUUCAUGAAUGACCUAUUCAGAGAUCUGAUAGAUGUAACCGUGGUAAUCUAUCUGGACAACAUCCUCAUCUUCUCCGAGAACCCAGAAGACCAUCCUGCCCAUGUCAGAGAAGUUCUGUCCCGACUCAUGAAGAACCAGCUCUUUUGCAAACUGUCAAAGUGCCACUUCCACGUCACUACGGUUGAUUAUCUUGGCAUUGUUAUAUCCCCAUCAGGCUUCUCCAUGGAUCAAAAGAAAAUCGAGGCAGUUACAUCAUGGCCUCAACCUAAAACAGUCAAACAGGUCCAGGCGUUCUUAGGUUUCGUCAACUAUCUCCGCCGAUUCAUUCCCAACUUCAGUUCAGUAGCACGCCCUCUGCACAACCUCACCAGAAAGGAAACCCCCUGGUCAUGGGGCACCCAAGAGGAGGCAGCUUUUCAGGAAUUGAAGGUUCUAGUCACCAAGUCGCCGGUACUCAUCCAUUCCAACCCAGAUCUCCCCUAUUAUCUGGAGACGGACGCCUCAGGGGUUGCAAUGGGGGCCAUCCUUAGUCAGCGGGGCCCAGACAACCGGUUACAUCCCAUUGCCUAUAUGUCCAAGUCAUUCUCAGGAGCGGAGGCUAAUUACGACACCCACAACAAAGAACUCCUGGCUAUCAUUAAGGCAUUGGAGGAAUGGAGAAUAUUCCUGGAGGCGACAGACAAACCGGUACAAGUGUUCACGGACCAUCGGAACCUGGAAUACUGGAUGCAGGCACGGACAUUCAACAGAAGGCAUGCACGUUGGCGCAUUUUCCUGAGCGACUUCAACUUCGAAAUCCAUUACCGCCCAGGAAAACAGUCGGGUAAACCAGAUGCCUUAUCAAGACGAUCGGAUUACAUUGAUAUGCCCCCAGAACCGGAAGUCAUGUUGCCAGCAGAGGUCUUUGCCAACACGUCAGAAGAAGAACUUGAAAUAGUCACUGAAGUACGCGCCAAACUGAGGGAAGACCCCUCCCUUGAGCCAAUCAUACAGUUCUUGACAGAAGACGCGGACAAUGCACCUCCUUCUAUCCGGAAAGCCUAUCGAGACUAUGACUGGGAGGAAGACCUACUAUGGUACCGAGGAAAACUUGUGGUCCCAGACUCAGAGGCCUUGAAGGAACGAUUACUCAGGGAAUUCCAUGACUCCCCCCUGGCAGGUCAUCCGGGUCAACAACGGACCCUGGAACUCCUGAGCCGCAAUUACUGGUGGCCAGGAAUGAAGUCAUCCGCCAAGGAAUGGGUAGAAUGCUGCCCAACCUGUCAAGCCAACCGUCGCGCCCAUGGUCCUGCCAUUGCUCUGAAACCGUUAGAAGUCCCACCUUUCCCAUUCCAUACCAUCUCCUACGACUUCAUCACGGGUUUCCCCAAGUCCAAUGGUCACGACGCAAUCCUGGUAAUAAUUGACUCCUUUUCCAAAUUUGGGCACUUCAUCCCAACCUCAAAGAAGGUCACAGCCAAGGGUCUGGCAGAUUUGUUCAUUAGUCACGUCUGGAAACUUCACGGACUACCCGUCAAAACCAUAUCAGAUCAAGGAACCACAUUCACGGGAAAAUUCCUCAGAGCCCUUUAUCAACGGUUAGGAAUCAAACCGUCCUUCUCAUCGGCUUAUCACCCGGAGUCUGAUGGCCAAACAGAGCGAGUCAAUCAGUUCAUUGAAUUCUACCUCAGAUCAUACGUGGCAGCCGACCAUUCUGACUGGUCCACUUGGCUUCCCUUGGUGGAGUAUGCCUACAACAACGCAAAGCACUCCGCUACUGGAAAAACUCCCUUCGAAUUGGUUUACGGGCGAAACCCUGUCAUGAACCCGUCUAACGUUCCAGCAAAUGUGCCCGAGGCCAAUCACGUGGCAGAUACCCUGGCACAAGAAUGGAAAGAAGCGGAGUCAGCUCUAAGAAUGAGUAAGGAAAAAAUGGUUAGGGACAAGGGUACGAUACCAGAGUACUCAAUUGGAGACAAAGUCUGGUUAGAUGGAAAAAAUGUGGAGCUCAGAACAAACUCCAACAAACUGGACCCCAAGAGACUAGGACCAUUCGAGGUCACAGAAAAAAUCUCCAGUCAUGCGUAUCGCUUAAAGCUCCCGGAAACCCUGAAGAUUCACGAUGUGUUCUACGUGGGACUACUGACCAAGGCACACGAAUCCCCUAAUCAACCAUUUCCUGAAAGACCCCCUCCUGAGACAAUAGAAGGGGAAGAAGAGUACGAAGUCGAGCAAAUCAUUGACUCUAAACGACAACGAGGCAAAUGGUUUUACUUAAUCAAGUGGAAAGGGUACGGCCCAGAAGAUAACUCGUGGGAACCGGAAGAACUGCUGGAACACAGCCAGGAAGAGAUCAAGCGCUUCAACCAAGCUAGACUCAGAAAGGCUCGUGACGCCGCCAAGAGCCUUUAA